AGAGGUGAUGAAGUCUACCACACACCACUUCCCUCCACCUCCUUUCACACAACCGCAAGCUGCCAAAGAAGGGCGGCGGCGCUGAUCCUCAAAAUUCCAACAGAUUUAGAGCGUCAGCGAACGAAGCAAAGGCGGGAUAUUUAUCGCCAUUCUGAUUGGCUGGCUAUCGGAACGGAGUGGCAGUUGGAAUUGAUCACACCUUUUCAGUUGUACUUCAAUCCUGAAUUAAUUUUUAAACACUUUCAAAUAUGGAGAUUAAUCACAAAUUUCUUAUUUUUUGGGCCAGUUGGAUUCAAUUUUUUAUUUAACAUGAUUUUUCUAUAUCGUUACUGUCGAAUGCUAGAAGAAGGCUCUUUCCGAGGUCGGACAGCAGACUUUGUAUUUAUGUUCCUUUUUGGUGGAUUCUUAAUGACCCUUUUUGGUUUGUUUGUGAGCUUAGUUUUCUUAGGCCAGGCCUUUACAAUAAUGCUCGUCUACGUAUGGAGCCGAAGGAACCCAUAUGUCCGCAUGAACUUCUUUGGCCUUCUCAACUUCCAAGCCCCCUUUCUGCCCUGGGUGCUCAUGGGGUUUUCCUUAUUGUUGGGGAACUCAAUCAUUGUGGACCUCUUGGGUAUUGCAGUUGGGCACAUAUACUUUUUCUUGGAAGAUGUAUUUCCUAAUCAGCCUGGUGGAAUAAGAAUUCUGAAAACACCAUCUAUUUUGAGGACUAUUUUUGAUACACCAGAUGAGGAUCCAAAUUACAAUCCACUACCUGAAGAACGGCCAGGAGGCUUUGCCUGGGGUGAGGGCCAGCGCCUUGGAGGUUAAAGCACCGUGCCAAUGAGACCCAGUUGGGAAGGACUCCGUGAAAUACCCAUUGGGAUUCUUUUAUCCUUUGUUGCAAAAGUGUGGACACUUUUGACAGCUUUACAGAUUUUAACUCCAGAAGCACUUUACAAAAUGAUACACUGACUAAUCCAGAAGACAUUUCCAGCAUUUUGCCAGUGGUUCCUCACUACACUGGUACUGAAAGUGUAAUCUCUUGGAGCCAAAAAACUGGAGAAACAGUUAUCCUGCCACCUCUUAACAAGUACACGAGUACUUCUCAUGGCAUAAGGCAGGCCUUUUUCUUCCUCUUCUUUGAUAGAUGAGGUCAUGGUGUAAAGGAAGUUUCAGAGAGGACAAAAUAAAACUGAAUUCCAUCUCGCUUUCACUGUA